AUGAGUAAAAUUGAAUGGAAUAUCAAAGAUUUAUUUGAAAAAGACAAAAAUAAUAAUGAAAAUAAAAAAAAAAUAAAUAAAUGUAAUAAAGAGAUGUAUAAUGAAGAAACAUACAAUAACGAGUCAUACUUUUUUAAUGAAAAUGAUUGUGAGAGAUAUUUGGAAAAAAAAACAAAUCAAACUUUAGAAAAUAAUCAUUAUUUUAUAUUUAAAAGAAAUAGAAACAGUUUAAAUGAAAGUAAUACAUUAAAUAAUAGAUUAAAUAAACAAAUAAAUCAGAAAGAAGAUAAUAGAUUAAUUAUGAAACGAAACAAUAAUUUAGAUAAAAAUAAUGAUUCUUAUAUAGAUAGUAAUAAUGACGGAAAUUCUAAUAAAUCUAGUAGUCUUAAUAAAGAAACAAAACCAAGCAGACUUAUAUGGAAAUGUGUAAAAAAUGUUUAUACUUCCUUUACAUCUGCUGUAAAGAAAAAUAUUUUUAUCUACGAUAAGAAUUUAGAGAGUGAUAAUAUUUCAAAAGAGAAAUCAAUUUCUAAUAACUCUAGAUUAAUUGACAAAAAACAAAAAAACAAAAAACAUAAAGAUAUUCUGUUUAACGAAUCUUCUAUAUUUUUAAAAAAAAAAAAUGAUUUUCUAUCAGAUGAAUAUAUGAAUAAAAAUGUAUCUUAUGAUAAUAAAAUAAUUAAAGAGAAAAACUUAAAAAAUGGGAUAUUAAUUGGAAAUAAUAAAAAUAAAAAUGAUGAAUUAGAAGAAAAAGAUAAAAAUAAGAAAAUAAAAAACUGUUAUGAUUUCUUAGAAGGAGAUAUAAAAAACUUAUUUGCAAGUUAUGAUUAUGAAAAAGUUGAAUAUUCAAAUGAUAAUAUUAGAAUCAGUAAACAAGAUAUUCAAAGAAAACAUAACAAUUGCAAAAACAAAAAUAAAAACAAUAUCCAUAUGCAUAAUGUUAAACGAUAUAAUAGCAGCUAUAAUGAUUCAUCUAAUUUGAGCUCGUAUGAAUAUAAUUUCAAUAAAUUUAAUAAAGAUGAUAAGUUGUCACGUGAUCAUUUAGAAUCUAAUUUAAAAUUCAAAAAAAAAGAAGUUCAUAAUAUAAUAUCAAAUAGUUAUAGUAAACAUUCGUUACAUAAUUUGUAUAAUUCUGAUAUAAAUUCUAACGAAUGUUUUUUUCUUCAAUCAUCAGGAGAUGAAAAUAUAAACAAAAAUGAAAUUGAUUAUUUUAUUACAGAAAAAAAAAAUGAAAGUAAUAAUAGUGAUAGUAAUAGUACAAAAAAUAAUAAAAAGAAAGAUUAUCAUAAUAUGCAUUACAAAGAUAAUGUAUUCAAAAUGCAUCUUCAUGUUAACAAUAAAAAAUAUAGUAGUAAUGAUAGUGAUAGAAGUUUUAGUAAUAGUAAUGAUAAGUGUGUCACAAAGAGAAGAGGUAAGAAAAUUAGUAAUAUUAACGAUCAAUAUUUUACAAAAAAAGAAAACAGAGAAGUAGAAAAGAUGAUAAAACAUGCAAAUGAACAAGAUGAAAAGAACAAGAAUUUCGAAGAAUUAUAUUAUGAUAAUAUUUUUAAAAAUAAAAAUAAAAAAAAUUCCUCUACAGAGAAAAAUUGUAGUUGGUCAAAAAAUUCACGAAAUACAUUCAGUAAUAAAAAAUAUACAAAAGAUGAAGUAAUAAAUAUUACCGAUAAUGAAGAAGAGUAUACAUAUAAUGAAUUAUAUAGUAACGAUGAUAUUUUAGAAAAUGAAAAUAAAUGUCUAAAAAAUAAAGGAAAAGAUAAUGAUUACGGAAAUAUAGAAAUUUAUAAUAGUUUCAUUAAAAAUAAUGAAGAAAUUAAAAAAAUGAGGAAUGAAUAUAAAUCGUUAAUACAAUUAAUAGAUACAUUUAUUGAUGAAAGUUUAAAUGGAAACUGUUUAUCUAAUUCUAUAAUUAACAAACAAAAAACCUAUAAAAAUGAACAAGAAAAAAAACAUAUUAUAAACAAGGAAUUUAAUAAAGAUGAAGAAUCUAUGAAAGUUAUAGAUGGGGUAUAUGGAGAUAAUAAAAAUAAGUAUAUUAUUUUAAAAUAUGAUGAAGAUUCGUUAAUUGAAGCAUUAGAAAAGUUACGAAUUGAUAAAGAGAAGAAAAAAGCGGAAGAAAAAGAAGAGGAAGAAAAGAAAAAAAAAAUUACAAAAAUAGACAAAAGUGUAUUUUAUAAAUGUUAUAAAAAGGAUCAACAUGAAACAGCAAUAUUUAUAUUGAGUGAAAAAAAUGAAAAUAAAGUAUUAAUUGAAAAAUUUAAUGUUCCUCUUUUAUAUUCUCAAAUAAAAUGUCUAAUAGAUACAAGAUGGUUAAAUGAUGAAGUUAUUAAUUUUUAUUUAAGUAUGUUACAAGAAUAUAAUGAACAACAAUUUAAAAAUAAUUCAUCAUAUUUUCCAAAAAUUUUUACUUUUAGUACCUUUUUUUUUCUAUCAUUAAGUUCAAAUGGAUGUUACAAUUAUUGUAAAGUUUCAAGAUGGACUAAAAGAAAAAAGGUUGAUAUUUUUUCAUUUGAUUUAAUUCUUAUUCCAUUACAUAUAGGUGGAAAUCAUUGGACACUAGGAGCUAUUAAUAUAAAAGAUAAAAAAAUUAAAUUAUAUGAUUCUUUAAAUAUGCCAAAUAAAAAAUUUUUUGAAUACAUAAGAAGGUAUAUCAUCGAUGAAGCAAAAGAUAAAAAGAAAAUUGAUAUCGAUAUUUCUACAUGGAAAUACAAUAAAGACGGAAAUUCUGAAAUGGGAAUACCAUAUCAAGAAAAUGGAUAUGAUUGUGGUGUAUUUACAUGCAUGUUUGCAAAAUGUUUAAGUUUUAACAGAGAAUUUGAUUUUACUCAAAAUGAUAUAAAAGAGAUACGAUUAAAAAUGGUUUAUGAAAUAUCACAAGGUUAUUUAACAUUCUGA